CAGCUUCAAAGCCCAGAAGCUUAUUAUGGGUUGAAUUACUUGCUACAAGCGUCUGGUCAUGGUGAAAGCUUAUUUUGAGUCAAAGUUUUGCUUUCAUAAUGUUUCCCCUUAAUUAGUACCUCGUCGGUCAUCGGAGAAACCGCUGUUAUUUUGGGCGAGAGAUAAUGGAAUGGAAACUGCUGCUGAUAGUCCUGCCGUGGCUGCUUGUCUGCAAGGUUUUUUAUAAGGUCGAGGACUUUACGGAGCCUGAUGUCGUUUACCAAAGCAUCGACUAUCAUCCGGAGGACUACAUCGACUCCUUUACCGACUUCCAGAAGCAUGACUACUUUCAGUAUUGA